CGACAGUGGGGACCUACCUGCCUCCAGCCCCGAAGCACGAGCAGAGUCAAAAGGCAAACUGCCAGGAAAAAAAAUCAGUCCUCUGCCCAAGGUCCAGCAGAGGCAGCCUCAUUUACCUAGGAGGCGGGCCUCAUCCCACGGGGAAUCCCUGGCUGGGAGGAGCAGGGGCCCUUCCUCUUGGCAGCCUCGGACAUUCAGCAGGUGCUGGUACAAGCCCUGGCUGGGAUGUGGGGUGGGAGCAGGCCGGGAGCGGGGCCCAGGGUCAGCAAGCAGGAAGCCAGGGCCCAGGAAGCCGGGAACCUGGGCCCCUGGGUUCAGGGGAGGAAUCCUACAGCAGCAGGGUGCUCGGGGAUCUUUCUCUCUUUGUCCAGAGCCUUAUGUAAGAGCUCUUCUCGGGAAACAGGAAGUCUCGCUUGCCAAGUUCAGCACAGGGAGUAGUGCAGGCCUUAUUCCAACACACCCGGCCUGGCCUUAACCCCAGAACUCAGCCAGUUUCUUGCUUCCUUGACCCUGGUUCUCCUCCCCACCGACCCCCUCCCCUCCUUUCCCACCUUUGGUCACUCCGAGCCAACUUCCCCAGAGAGCUUGCCUGUGCCUGAGCCAGAGGGUCUUCCACUCUCACCCCCUGACCCUCAACACUGUCCAGCUUGUCCCUCCAUCCUGGCUCCUGGCACGAUGCCCCAGAGCCAGCCAACCUUCCCUCCCCCACUCCUGGGGCCGCCCCGGGGUUCCUGCGCUCUGGCCGCUCCUCCUGGGUGUCACUGGCAGCCCCGUCCUUCCUAGAGAGACUGAUAGCAAAUUCUCCUGAGGCUGGAGGACGGUGACGGGUCUCAGGACGUCACUGGCCCCACAGCGGAGUGCCAGGAACACCAACAGUGCCCUGAGCUUGCUUUCCGCCUCCCUCCUUUUUAUUCUCAAGUUCCUUUUUACUUCUCCCUUGCGUAACGCCCUUCUUCCCUUCUGCACCAGCCUGCACCCCCACCCUCCCGGUCACCUCCUUGCCACCCCACUCCUCAGGCCACAGCUGUUGGCAGGGUCCUCAGCUCAUGCCAGCCUCAUCUCCUUCCUCGCUAGCCCCCAAAGGGCCCCCAGGAGACAUGGGGUGCCAGGUCCGAGAGCCGGCAGUCUCAGUUGCCCUCUGGUUGAGUUGGGGGGCGGCUCUGGGGGCUGUGGCUUGUGCCAUGGUUCUGCUGACCCAACAAACAGAGCUACAAACCCUAAGGAGAGAGGUGACCCGGCUGCAGAGGACCGGAGGGCCUUCCGAGGAGAGGGAAGGGUAUCCAUGGCUGAGACUCCGGGAGCAGAUCCUGGAGGACAGCCAGCACCAAGACUCAGGUUGCUGGGAAAAGAGCCCUGAUGGCCUGGAAGCCCGGGAGAAUGGGGAGAGAUUCCGGAGAAGGAGAGCAGUGCUCACCCGUAAACAGAAGAGUGAGGCCUCCGGGGUGCAGCAGGGGUGGGAGAGAGGCACUCAGUUCUGCAUCUUGUUCCCAUUAACAUCACCUCCAAGGGUCCUGUUUCACGAUGUGACUUUCACCAUGGGUCAGGUGGUAUCUCGGGAGGGCCAGGGAAGGCAGGAGACUCUAUUCCGAUGUAUACGAAGUAUGCCCUCCAACCCCGACUGGGCCUACAAUAGCUGCUACAGCGCAGGUGUCUUCCAUUUACACCAAGGAGAUAUUCUGAGUGUUGUAAUCCCUCGGGCAAGGGCGAAGCUUAGCCUUUCUCCACAUGGAACCUUCCUGGGGGUUGUGAAACUGUGAUUGUGUUGCAAAAGAUGGUUCUGAGCUUGGAAGACCAGGGUGGGUACGUUUUAUAGACAGCCAAGAGCUGACUUGACAAAGGACAGGGAAUACGCAGGAACAGAGGCCUCUUUUGGGUUUGACAGGAAUCCAGGCUUUGACAGCUCAUGACUCUCCCUUCCUCCCUUUUCUCUUUCCACCUCCACCUUCACCCCCAGGACUCUGAAUUCAUGGAUAUUAAAGAGAUUUUUAAAACCUUGCUUUUAUUCUCCAUCCAGCCCCAAAUUCUUGAGGGAGCUGGGGGGUGGUGAUGCCAGGCAUUGUCUAGACUAGCUGGGUCCCACUGGAAUGCUUCCAGAACAGCACCACCAUCUAGCGGCAGUUUGAGACAAUCAUCCUGUGUGUUAGCAGAAGUCCAGGAAGCCUCCCUCCACUCAGGAAAACUCCUGGUUCCCUAUGCCAAACCUCUCUCCAGGUACCCUCUACCUCUUCACCCCACAAGAAGCCUCAUACUCAUUUCCCUCUCUCCAUCAACUGUGCUCCAGUUUCCAUCACUAACUCCAGCGGUGCAACUAUUAUGUGCCCGUCUGCAGAGGGUGCCUGGCAAUGACGGUCCCCUCGGAUCCACAUUAUUACUCCUCGGGUCUCAGCGUUGCCUUUCCUGCUCUCCAUUGCCCUGGCGUGGCAGGCCACUCUAAACCUGUCUGUGCUGGGACCGGUCGCCGAGGAGCCUUGGAUGAAUCGUACGCCCUGGUGCUGGUCCUGUCUCCCUGAAUUCUCCUUUCUGUGCAAAACCUGCCUAAAGAUAAAAAAAUAAAGGAGAAUAAAUAAAGCUCGGA